AUGCCCACAAAAUAUGGAUCAACCACAAUGGGAAGAGACGUCGACACCAAAUGGGUCCAAUGGCUCGCCAGACGCAAGAAUCAAGGUGCUUCACCACCAUCCUCAACCUCAGUGCCACCAACAACCACCCUUCAUGAUUCAGGCCCUCUGCACUCUUGCAGCACUGCCACUAGCUAUUUUGCUCUGCUCUCCGCAACUCAAGACCAGCAUCAGCCACGUCGUCAAGGUCGGCCGCAGACACCUUCUCCGUCAAUGGACUCUUCAUGGGUGACUUGGCUCUUUGACCGGGGACGUGGAUCCAAGCGUCCGACGGGCGCAAAUGCAAAUGCAGAAGUCGAUUCACAGACUGAGCAGAUUUUGACCGAGCCGCAAUCGAUGCAUACGGCUCCUGCGUUUGUCUCAAGCCUUGAUUCUCUCCAUUUCCCUCUAAAUGCCCUUAUGGACCCAGGGGAUCUUCCCGCAGUCUCGAAUGAGCCUUUGGGUGAUUUGGAUGUGAACUUGGAUUUGGAUUUAGAUUUAGAUUUUGCGGGACAAGAUGCUGAAUUGCUGAAUUGGUUGGAUGGAGAGUAUUCAUUUGCAGUGGAGACUCCCGCGAAGUCCGGGAAGCGUGGUCUUGAUUCUCCGCGGGACUUGUCCGCCUGUAAGAAGCAGAUGGUGGAUUGUUCGUCGGUUCUUGCCAAGGGGGAUUCUACACCGAACUCUCCUCAAACAGGUUUACAUAAAUAA